GCUUGUCUUUGAUUCAUUCUAGCACUCAUUAGGUACCUAAUAUACGAGCAGUAACAUAUCUUACAUGAUUGGAAUCAUACAUUGACUGUCCCUUUUCGUCAUGUUCGACCAGCAAAACGAGUUGAACAUAUAGCAUAGCCAAACUAUUUAGUAUUUCAAGCGCUAAUGAAUUUGGGCGCCGUAAUAGAAAUUCCCGCUGGAACUAGACAUGCCAUCUAAUAGUGACCGGAGUUGUUACCUCAUUGAGGGUGUAGGAUGCUCCACCGAGGUGGUAGAUUUGUAUGAGGCACUGGGAACCUUGACUAGCUCUAGGGAUAAAAACUACUUUCGUCGUGGCGGUGUGCCUUGAUACAUCCAAAGUAAGGAGCUCGAGCCACGAAAACGUGACCUUGCGUACAUCAUCUUCGAAAAGGCCAGUAUAAUUCUUUUCGAAUGUGUACAUGUAUGACGAAAGCCUCUCAUCUCCGACCUAAGAGCCUCAUUUCAAAAGACGGCUAUGCGUCAUCGGCUCUACGGGUAGUGACGUAAAGCUCUCGCUAUCUAUCGGCAAGCAAAGUGCCGUGACUGGAUGGAUAUGCGUGUCCUCACGUCGCACAGGGGCGAUGGCAGAGGUAGAUAGAAAAAGGACACAAGAUCGGCGUGAGUAGGCGUGACCGACCGACGUAGGAGACGGGCUUUAAGCUAAACCCCGACAGCGAUGAGAGACUGACUAGUCCCAUGUGGAGAGCGCCCCGUUUCGCGGACGCUAAGGUGGUGGGAGGAGUGCAGGUAGCCUUUGCGGACGGGUGACGGCUGCUGAGAUGCGGCUCCUUGCGCCGUAACGGUGCGACGUAGAUGGGGUAGACGACGCGUGAAGCCGUUGCGCAGCGUUCCAGAAGGCUUCUAUGCUUUCGUCGGUGUGUAAUCUACUUUUUUCUUUUGCUACGGUUGUAGUCGGUCCGCUGGGUACGGACAGCUUGGAUGUAACGCGUUUGCCGACGUCUGGUCCCAUCUACGCGCGUAAAGAUGAUGCUUCAAGGAGGUACUUGGUUACCUGGGAUUAUGGGCUCGGUGUGGGGGAGGCCGGAAGGACUGUACCUUUGUUGUUGGUUGGACUUGGCUUGGCGUCGCGACUUGGAGGAAGGUGGACGAGGUGAUAAUGGACGGCGUUGGUUCACAUAUUUUCUCUGAUAUCUUACAUACUUAGCUCACGAUGUUGAAUUAGAUAAACUUGAGUUCAUGAUCAUCGUCGGCAAGGCGAGACUUGUUAGGUGGCCGAUAUCUCAAUACUGGUAGAUCUAUUGCCUCGGCUUUCAAACUCGCCCAGAUUGUUGCUCCAGCCAGCGGUGGAAUUUUGUCGCGGCGGUCAAGCAUAAUGGAUGCUUCUGGAUUACGGCACCGUCUCCAUAUUUGGAGAUACGUAAUAAACGAUCCCUAAAGAUUUAGCAAGCGGGCGCUGUAUUUCCAAAACAACAUUCUCGUUUCAUGGACUGAAUUGGCAGGGCUUGAUGUGGGGGUAAUCGUCCGCGUUACCUCCGUGUCUACUAGAGAAUAGGUUUUAAGAGAACAAAGCACAUUCUAAAUUCAUUUCUAAGUGGAAUGUAGUACAUGACUUAACUAUACGCGGCUUCGGCUUCAUUUCGAGGGUGAGGUGAUGGUAUCGUGAGAAAGGAGGGAAAAAAGAG